UGUUUUAUAGGCUUUUGAACGUAAACGCGCCUUUCCGUGUAGUUAGCAGAAGUAACCCGUUGGUUUUUAUAUAUUUUUUUUACCUUCAAGAAUAGACUUUUGUUCGGAAUAUGGAUGACAUUUUAAAUGGACAACUUUCCACAAAUGCCUUUAACUACAAAAUUACACUGGAUCGAAUCAUAGAAACGUACUCAAAGCUUCAAUACUGCGACGGGGGGAUGGAGGUGGACCUGGAAAAUACAAAAUACACAACACUUCAAUGCUACAUGAAGAAGUCUAAAGCACAGCUGAACAUGUUGGAGUCAAAGAGCCUGGCAGAGUUGAGGGAUGAAUCAAUGAGAGCGCUGGACAUUACAACAGACUCUCAGCUGGACUUCACGCAUCAAAACAGUGGAGCUGAUGAGACCUGCUUUUCUAAAGUUUCUGGAGCUUCCAGUCUUCAUAUUUCUGUGGAGGACGACGGUGAGGUUUCUACAGCGGGGAUGUGUAGAAGUGACAUGACUCAGCUAACUGUGAGCUCAUUGGACGAGAGUCAGAGGACCGUCUGUGAGGCGGCGGAUCAGCAGCCGGAGGACGAGGACGAGCAGCUGGAGAUGACCCUGAGGAGAAACAGCAGCCUGAUUGAGCUCUACCCCAGCAUGAUCAACCAGAUCGGGAGCGCCUGGCGCCGGCGGCACGUCACUGAGGCGGCGGACUCCGUGCUGAGGAGGUACCGCAGGUGGAGGAAUCAGUCGAACAGAAGCGUGCAUCUCGACAACACGUUCACUGUCAAUGAGAAACACAAGAACAACACAGAGAGGAGGAGGAGCAGCGAGGAGAACUGUGGGAGCCCGGUGAAGAGGCACUUCAUGGAUACAAAGCAUUCACCUCUCACUUCUCUGCAGAUGAGACCGGAGUGGCAGGCGCAGCAGCAGCAGUCACCUGGGAGGUGGAGGAGCUUACUGACGAGGAAGCCCAUCCUGGUCAUGGAUCUCUCUUGUCCCCUUGAAAGCUUUAAUACAAAAGAGACCUCCCUGAACCAGACCUUCACAGUGUCUCUUGAUGAAUCCCGGAGUGGAGAGCCGCUCUCAGCAUAUCUCGCCAGUCCUUCCAAACUUUCUUUUCCUUCCCAGAAAGCCCCCUCAGACUUCUCUCUUAGGUCCAAAAGGCUCGCCAACGCUGCUCACUCGCUGCAGACUGACGGGUACCUCUCGUAUGCAACACAAAGCACAGCUGCUAAAGAGUGGCCGGACAUUUAUGGCUCUCCAGUCAGGCAGAGUCCGUUGAAAUCCCGGAUGAUGAGCAGCCUCAGUGGAUCUCUGAGCGUCUUCUGCAGGAGCCCGAGAGCUGUUUCUGUGGAGAGCUGUCCCAGAGAGCUGAUGAGGCCCAGACCAGUGUUCACCUCUCUGUCCUCCCCUCAACAGAGAGCAGCUCUGCCACCCAGGAUGUUCUGCUCUCAGGACUCCGGUCCUUCCUUCCAGGCACAGCCGGCGUCACCUCGCUCGGCCUCAGCAGCAGAGUCUCGGCGCCACCUUUCUUUCGACUCCUCCCUGCUGCCUGCCCAAAACUCCCCGAAGAAGCUGGACGAGGACUUUAUAAAGCUGUACCACAAGUUUGUCUGCCAAAAUCAAUCCUCUUUCUUCAAAGGGCCGCCCUGUAGGUUCUGCGCUCGCAGCUCAGAGGGGAGCAGAGGCCACUCCUCCUCGGCCCUCGCCGCCCUCGCUCUGUCGCCGCACCGCUCUGUCCUGAGGAAACGCCACAGGGAGUUGAACUGGGACAGCUUCCCGCAGUCCAAACGUCUGAGGGACGAGUGCUGCCCGUCCUCCCCGGGGUCCAAACGACACAGGACAGAGUUGCUGAGGCGCCGUCUCUCCACGUUUGAAUCCGAGCAGCGUCAUGACGGCCGCACUUACAGUCCCAGUAAACACAGCCAGCAGCGACCAGCCGAGCAUCAUCAUCAGGAAGAAGGCUGGAUGAGUCACAGCCGUCGCCCGUCUGCAGCUGAGUUCUCAGGAUACGGAAGUUCAUUUGAGAGGAAUGCUGCCAGUGGCUCCCCCAGAAAAUGGUGGUGAUCAAGAGAGGAUCUUAUCCAAGUGGAAAACAAAGAUGGGCGUGUUGUGUUGCUGAGGCGCAUCACUGGUAACAUUAAUCUCGUCAGCUGUUGCAGAGUGAGCUCAGGAAACUGUUCGUACACAUCUGUUCCUGUUCGGACUGAUGGUUAAGUGAGCUUUGUUUCCACUCAUUGUAAUUCAUUUUCUUGUCUCCUAACACAUUUGACUGUUCGUGCUGUGGUGUUAAAUACAGCUUAUGUUUCUUUUAUAUUAAUUCAAAAUAAAUAUUAAGUAUUCAAAUACAA